AUGUCAAGUACUGAUGAAAAGAAAUUGGAAAUUCAUUCCUCCACCGGUGAAUCUUCGGGUCUCGAAGAACAUAUCGCCUUAAAAAGACAUACUGAAGAAGAAAUUGAAUCUUCUGGUUUAUGGUAUGAUAAGAAAAGAUCUAUUGGUCUUUUCUCCUUCAGAUACUCAAGUGCCAUGACUCAAAUCGUCAUGUUAGCCUUUGUUUUAUUUAUGACUUCUGGUAUGUUCAACUCUCUUUCUGGUAUUGGAGCUUCUAUUUCAGAUGUCGCUACUUCAGAUAAUGCUAAUGUUGCCUUAUAUUCAACUUUUGCUUCGAUUGGUUUCUUCGGUGGUACUAUUUGUAACACCAUUGGUGUUAAACCAUCUUUAAUCUUUGGUGGUUUCGGUUAUGCUUUAUAUGCUGCUUCUUUAUUCGUUUUCAAUAGAGUUGAAAAUAAAGGGUUCGUUAUCUUUGCUGGUGCUUUCUUAGGUCUUUGUGCUGCUGUCUUAUGGGCUGCUCAAGGUACCAUCAUUAUGUCUUAUCCAACUGAAGAUAAAAAAGGUAGAGCCAUUAUGAUUUUCUGGAUUAUCUUUAAUUUAGGUGCUGUUAUUGGUGCCAUUGUUCCAUUAGCUAAUAAUAUUGAAAAUCAAAAUACUGGUGCUGUUUCAAAUGGUACUUUCGUUGCUUUCAUUAUUUUAAUGUGUUUAGGUUCAGUUAUUGCUUCAUUCAUGUUACCAAUGGAAAAAGUUUGGAAAACUGAUGGUACAAGAGUUAUGACUCAAAAACAUCCAAAUUGGAAAACUGAAUUAAUUGGUUUAUGGAAAUUAUUAAUUAGUGAACCAAAAAUCUUAUUAUUAUUCCCAAUGUUCUUUGCUUCUAAUUGGUUCUAUACUUAUCAAUUUAAUGAUUUCAAUGCUGGUAGAUUCAAUGUUAGAACCAGAUCAUUAAACUCUUUAUUAUAUUGGGCUUCUCAAAUGGGUGGUUCCGUCGUUAUUGGUACUAUUUUAGAUUUAAAAAGAUUUAAAAGAUCCACUAGAGCUAGAAUUGGUUGGGUUAUUGUUUUCGUCUUAGGUAUGGGUAUCUGGGGUGGAGGUUUAAAAUUCGCUUUACAAUUCGAUAGAUGGGAUGUUAAUGCUGCAAACCCAGAUGCUUUAGUUCCAAUUGAUUAUACUCAUGGUAAUUAUAUCGGUCCAAUGUUCCUUUAUAUGUUCUAUGGUGCCUUUGAUGCUAUUUUCCAAUCUUUUAUUUUCUGGACUUUAGGUGCUUUAUCAAACAAUCCAAAAAAGACUGCUUUAUACGCUGGUUUCUAUAAAGGUAUUCAAUCUGCUGGUGCCGCUAUCGCUUGGAGAUUAGAUGCCAUUGCUAUCCCAUACAUGGAUUUAUUCGGUUCAGCUUGGGGUUUAACCAAUGGUUCUUUAUUAAUUGCUGCUCCAUUGAUUUUAUUCAGAAUUACUGAUACUACUGAAGCUGAAGCUGAUGGUAUUACUCAAAUCAUGGAAGAUUCAGAAUUAACCGUGGUUAAAUCUACCACUGAUCAUGUUGAAGAAGCUUAA